AUGCGAACACUUGGGAAAUGUCUUUAUGUCAUCGGCGGUUGUGCGCUAUCGUCUGAACGAGAGCCAAUUAAAUCGAUCGAGAGAGUUUCAAUUCAAACAAAUGAUGAUAGCCAAAAUGUCACAGUUGAAAGUGAGAUUUGUGGAGAUUUGGCGUUUCCCAGAAGAUCUCCCAGUGUUUUCCGAGCUGAAAAUGGGUAUCUGAUCGCUGGAGGUUGUGCUGGGCCCAAUCAACACCUAAACUCUGUAGAAUUCAUUGAAAUAUCACAAACUUCUCUGAAAUCGAUUCCGUCAUCCCUUCAAUGCCCGCAAGCCCACAGUUGUGCAGCUUUUGAUCCAUAUUCGGAUUUGACACUCACGAAUGCCUUUCAAGUGUUCAAGUCGUCGAAUCGUCGGAGAAAUGUAAACGGAUACCUGCCGAAACUAAAAAAUGCCACCGUGAUUGAAAACGAUGGCGAUUUUGUGAUUUUUGGCGGAUGGAUGGAUGAGAAAGUCACUACGGACACUGUGAGAAGGGUCCGAUUUGACGCUCAAUUUUCCUCAUAUGAAGUCAUUUUUGAAGGAAAUUUGCCUUAUCCAGUAGAAGGUCAUUGUUUGGUUCAAAAUGGCACUUGUGUUUAUUUAAUUGGUGGUUUCGACGGAAUCUCUGUGAUUUCCAGCAUCAUUCGCUACGAUUUAAAAACGAAAAAGUGCCAAGUUCUCGGCGCGGAAUUGAGCGAAAAACGGGAGAAUCACGUUGGUGGAAUAAUUGGUGGCAAAUAUUUGGUGGUUGCUGGUGGAUGGAAUUCGAAACAAUCAUUAGAUUCCAUUGAGGUAUUUGAGCUAUUUGAAGAUGCUCCAUUCCUCAAAAACAGCCAACGAAUUCCGUCGCAUUUUUUGGUUGAACUCACUUCUCUUGACGAAUUGGCAUUCCCGGCAAACUCGACGAAAAGGGUUAAAUAUACAUGUGUUGCGAGCACCUCGCGCAGUUUGAUUCUCGGCACUUCCACCGGAACCGUUUACAUAUUCUCGCGAUACGCGGCCAAAAGCAAAUCGAGAGCUCAUGCGCCGGUUCCUGUUCACGUGUUCACCACUCGUGACGGGCAAAUAAGCACGAUUUGUAUGAACGCGACCGCCGAUAUGAUGGCGAUCGGCGGCGACAGUGGCCGAGUGUCAGUCGCCCAGAUAAAUGACGGAACACCGCCGACGCUGCUGUACACGACGCCUGGCGAUGCGCGAGCUCCCGAUAGAGUAACCGCAUUAGCGUGGGGAGCUGAUCAGAAGCAGAUCUAUUCGGGUCAUUCUAGUGGAGCGGUUCAUCUACACAGGCUAGGGAAUCGAUCGAUAUUCCGAGCUUCUCAUCAACGAUUGGCGAAAUUCGAAAACGACAUCGUCCAACUCGACGUUUACCGAGACCACAUUAUUGUUUCGACAACCAUCGCCGCAUUCUUAUUUCAUAUUGAAAAUGGGACGACUCAACAGAUUGGAACGAAAACGCGAAGCUCGCCGUCGCCACUAGGCGCGUGUCACAUAGCGCCGCCCGAUGGAAGUGCUUACAUUGUCGCUGCGAGACCCAACGGCCGAAUAUGGGAAUCGAAUCUGGUCGGAGUGGUGUACAGAACACACCAGUUCCGUCAAAAUUCGUUUGUGCCGCGAGCACCGCCCAUUUCAUUUCGAGGCCCGUUUCCGACCGAUUCGACAGAACUCGACGGAAUUCAUCCGGAGAAUCAGGACGUCUCGUUUUAUAGUCUCCGUCUCAUUUCUGUCGAUGAAAAAAUAUUUGUCGUGUCGGCGUUUGGAUCAAGAAUUUGCAUUGUGGACACGGAUUCGUCGCGGAUUGUACUGGUUGCUGAACUAGAGCAUGAAAUGCUUGAUGUUUCGACAUGCGGAAGUGAUGUGUUCGUAUUGUUCACCGAUUCGAAAGGACUUCGCAAAUUCAGCUUAUUCGAACGCCGAAAAUCUCUAGAGAAAUUACAUUUGAAAUCAUUUUUCACUCAGAGCGCUCCACUCGUGUUAUUUUGUUGGCCGCACGUCGAAUUCCCAUUGGAGUUGGUCGAAAAGUCGUUGGAAGGUCUCGCGGCAAUGAGCAAAAAGAAGGAGACGGAGAAGCUUCAGCUCGCGUUGACGCAGAUUCUUGAAGAAAUGCACGCAAAAAAGAAGGCGUGUGAAUCGGUUUACGAGAAUUCGGGAAAGGGCAUCGAACGCGAAUUGUCGAAGAAAUUGCCGUCGGGGGUUCAUCGCGUUCUUCGGAAUGUUCACGAGAGCGGAUAUGAUGAUGACUUCUCGUUCAAUACGCCGCAAGCGCUUCGCGAAUGCAGUCGGAGCAGUCCGUGCUUCGAACAGGAGCCCGUGGAUGAGUCGAGAGCACCGAUAACGAAGCGAUCCUCAGUUCCAUCGAGUUUGGAGUUGAAGCGCGAAUGGAGGAAAAAUGGAACGCCGGAUGUUGUUGAAGAGGAUAUUCUGCAUCGAGCAAGAGUGAUGCUGGAUUCUGAUGGUCAAGUUAUUGAGAAGGAGUCCCUACGAACAUUAUUGCAACUGGAAGGGAUACCGAGGGACGAGAUUCGAUUCACGCCAACGGUAACAAUUGGGAAUGCGGCGAAGGCACUUGCUGAAUUGGCGUUGGCAGUUCCCGUUGAUGUAUCAAGCAUGUGGAAUAGGAUUGACGAUGAAGAUGAUGAGACGGAGGAGAAGCAGAUGGAUAAACCUGUUAAAUCUUCACCGAAACCUACUAUUGUCAAGGUUGUGAGACCCGGAGAUAGGCCGCGUCCUGUUUCGAGGCCGAAAGCUACUCCUGUGGAAGUUGUUCAAAAUAACGUCGAAAAAACGCGUGAUGAAAUUCCGGACGAGGUUCAAAAAGAGCGCGACGAGUUGUGGCUCGAUCUACGACUUCAGCAUAUUCGACAAAAAAAUAUUGAAGCUGAAAAUUCUGGUGAAAUUCCGAAUUCUGACACAGAGACCACAUUAACUUCAGAGCAGUCUAUUCUAACACCAACUGGGAAUGUAUGGACGAAUCCGUUGGACGAAAGUGUUACUCCGACGAAAAUGGAAGAUUUCAAUUUUCAAUCGGAAAAAUCUUGCUGUCGACAGUGUGGAAUGCACAGAAGCUGGGCGGCUGUAUCCCUUCUGAUCACUGUUUGCGCACGAUCUGAAGUAAUUUCCAACGAAUUUUCUGUUGGUGGUGUGCCGUCGACAACCGAGGAUUGGAUGAAGCUUUUGCGAUUUGUCGCGUCGAGACCUGAACAUGACAUUGAUUUGAGCGCGAUGUGUCCGCGAUGCGAAACAGCGCUGAGUGGAGUUAAUAAAGUUAUUGGUGGGUUUCGAAGUUGGAGCAAAAACGUUGACGAGGUGACUUCAGCGGAAAGUUGGCGGCAUAUCGGAUGUAGCGAAGAAACGAAAGUGAAUGUGGAGAAAAUUCGAGAAAGGGUUAUGAAUAUUUCGGAUGAAAAACUUCGGAUUAUCUUGUCACGAACUGAGCGACAACAUGCGGAAAAUGGACAAGAAUCGAAUCGAAACGGGAAACCGCACGAAUCGACGUCGAUUGUCAAGCCGGUGCAACAUUCGGGUCAUCAAAAUGAGGUGAAUGCGGAUUUUUGGAAAUGGACGAAUGGAGUCAAACUUAAAACGUUUUUGGCGAUUGCUGUUUUUUGCGACGGAAAGAAGAAUGUUCUGAACAUGAUAACGCAGAAUGAUCGGCUCAUAGCUCGACAAAUGAGCCCUGAGGAUUGGAGCGCGAUGGUCGUUAUGUGCUCCAGAGAGGUGUCAUUCAAGAAUUUGAUUAAUUUCAAGACCAUCAACAAUAUAUUGAAAUCUGCGGGUGUUGAUGAAUAUGUUGCUCCGAAAAAAGUGGUUACGGUAGCGAUGCCGAGUCGACGAUCAGUUGCUCCGAUGAACAGUUGGAUUGUGGAUUCGAACGGAAAAUGCCCAAUUUGCUCACUUCUGAUUAAAAUGAUAGUUGGUGGUGUUGAUCGCGGAAUUGUCUCAUAUUCAUGCGGCCACGUGUACCACAAAAUGUGUCUCGCCGGCCGCUUCUCGUCGGGUUGCGUCGCUUGUCGGGUUCGAGCUCGCCGAGCCGCGGUGCGCGGAAAAUCCACACCAACAGGAUCGCCGAAUCUCAGCCGAAAAUUCCAAUGA